UUUUUUAUAUGGUGAGUAAACAGGCAUUCAGCUGUCUUAUGCUUCAAUAAAGAGAGACCUAAGAUGAAUGCAAGUUCAAAGGAAGCAUAUUUUUCCACCAAACAACAAAGCAACACAAAUGAUACGAUGUUGAGCAGUAAAGGCCAAUCUAGCCCUUCUUCCCCAUGGUUAAGAUUGAAGGAUCCACGAGUCGUACGUGUUUCUCGUGCCUUUGGGGGGAAAGACCGACACAGUAAAGUUUGCACCAUUAGAGGAUUGAGAGACCGAAGGGUGAGGCUUUCAGUUCCCACUGCUAUUCAAUUGUAUGAUCUUCAAGACAGGCUCGGACUUAAUCAACCUAGCAAGGUUGUCGAUUGGUUGCUAGAUGCAGCUAAACAUGAAAUCGAUGAACUACCCCCACUCACAUGGCCACCGCAAGGGGUCUUUGCCUUUAACCAAGAAGCCGGUUCUUCCCAAUCCAACAAACAAGGGCUUAAAACCGGUACCAGCGUUGAUUCGGAAGAUCCUGCAGGCAAAUUACAGAGAUCGGACUUUGGGAACUCUGAUGCAUGUUGGAGAGCUAAAUUCAAAGAAGUUGAAAGGGAAACGACCAGUGAGAAAGAUGAUAGGAACAGAAGAAAUGAAGAGGAAAAGCAACAAGACAUGUUAAGCAAUGCAGUUCCGUAUGGUUCUUACUAUCAUUUUGAACCUCCAAGUUUUGGUUGCAGCCAUGGAUUUGUUUCCAACACAGAAGAUCUUCAUAAUUUCAAUGUUGUGCCUUUACCAUCUCCAUCUACAUUAUCUCUAUCAUCUAGUACUUCUCAAAUUCUUGAUCCUAGACAGCAAGUUAACCAUUUCCAACUGCUCAGCUCAGAUGCUCAAACCAUCUUGCCUAGUUCUCUUAACCCGCCACCGUACUCAAUAAGCCAAUCUAUCAGACCCUUCCAUUUGAGAAUUACUCCUAGGUUUCCCCAUUCUCAAACCAGCAGUGGAAGUCAGCCUGAUAAGGAACAGGAGUUUCCUUCUAAAUGACAAGAAAGGUACUGUUUGAAUCUAUUUGCAUACAUAA